CGGGCAUGAGUGUCGGACGAUCCGAUUGGUGCCAAUUUCGUUUAUCCGACUGGUAUCAAAUUGCUACGUAUAAAAAGCGACUUUUCCGUUUUCUCUGUUCAGAACGGCUUUCGAACGCCGAAGCUUCAGGGCUGAUUUUCGGUCACGUGUCUCUUGAAAAGCCUCUCGUUUCUCUCUCUUGUUGAAAAAGUCUCAAUAAAAAACCCGUCAACAUGCCGAAGGUUGUGAAACAGGAAGGUGAAGAUCCCGAUCCAACCCCAUACUUGUUCGUAUCGCUCGAACAAAAGCGUAUCGAUCAGACGAAACCCUACGAUUCGAAGAAAAAUUGCUGGGUGCCAGACGAGAAGGAUGGCUAUCUCUUGGGUGAGAUCAAGGCUACCAAGGGUGACUUGGUCACCGUUAGCUUGCCCGGUGGAGAGACAAGAGAUUUCAAGAAAGAUCAACUCCAACAAGUCAAUCCACCCAAAUACGAAAAGGCCGAGGAUAUGUCUAACUUGACAUACCUUAAUGAUGCCUCUGUGCUUCAUAAUUUGAAGCAGAGAUACUACAAUCAGCUCAUUUACACCUACUCCGGUCUUUUCUGCGUCGCUAUCAAUCCCUACAAGCGCUUCCCCGUGUACACAAAUCGCUGCGCUAAGAUGUACCGUGGUAAGCGUCGUAAUGAAGUGCCACCCCAUAUCUUCGCCAUCUCUGACGGUGCCUACGUGGACAUGUUGACAAACCACCAGAACCAGUCUAUGUUGAUUACUGGUGAAUCCGGAGCUGGAAAGACAGAAAACACGAAGAAGGUAAUUGCCUACUUCGCCACUGUCGGUGCCAGUGGUAAGAAGGAUGAGAGUAGCUCCAAGAAGGGUACUCUUGAGGAUCAGGUCGUGCAGACCAAUCCCGUCCUGGAAGCUUUCGGUAACGCCAAGACUGUGCGUAAUGACAACUCUUCCCGUUUCGGUAAAUUCAUCCGUAUCCACUUCGGUCCAAGUGGUAAACUGGCUGGUGCUGAUAUCGAGACUUAUCUAUUGGAGAAAGCUCGUGUCAUUUCUCAGCAGUCUCUCGAGCGGUCCUACCACAUUUUCUACCAAAUGAUGUCUGGAUCCGUCGAUGGACUUAAAGCAAAAUGUUUGUUGUCAAAUGACAUUUACGACUAUCACAAUGUCGCUCAAGGAAAGAUUACGAUCCCUAAUGUGGAUGAUGGAGAGGAAUGUGUAGCAACCGAUCAAGCCUUCGAUGUGCUUGGUUUCACACAAGAGGAGAAGGACAACGUUUACAAGAUUACUGCUGCUGUCAUGCACAUGGGUGGCAUGAAGUUCAAGCAGAGGGGUCGCGAAGAGCAGGCUGAAGCUGAUGGCACUGAGGAGGGUGAGCGUGUUGCCACCCUCUUGGGUACUGACACCCAGGAGCUGUACAAGAACUUGCUGAAGCCCAGAAUUAAGGUCGGCAACGAGUUCGUGACUCAGGGUCGUAACAAGGAUCAAGUCUCCAACUCCGUUGGUGCCCUCUGCAAGGGUAUCUUCGAUCGUCUCUUCAAGUGGUUGGUGAAGAAGUGUAACGAGACCCUAGACACCCAGCAGAAGCGUCAGCAUUUCAUUGGUGUACUGGAUAUUGCUGGUUUCGAGAUUUUCGACUACAAUGGUUUUGAGCAACUUUGCAUCAACUUCACAAAUGAGAAACUCCAACAAUUUUUCAAUCAUCACAUGUUUGUACUUGAGCAAGAAGAGUACAAAAUUGAAGGCAUUCAGUGGACUUUCAUUGAUUUCGGAAUGGAUCUUUUGGCUUGUAUUGAACUGAUUGAGAAGCCUAUGGGUAUCUUGUCCAUUCUGGAAGAAGAAUCUAUGUUCCCGAAGGCUACCGAUCAGACCUUCGCUGAGAAGUUGAACACCAAUCACUUGGGCAAGUCUGCUCCAUUCCAGAAGCCCAAACCACCAAAGCCCGGUUGCCAGGCUGCUCACUUUGCCAUUGGCCAUUAUGCUGGUGUUGUACCAUACAAUAUCACUGGCUGGCUUGAGAAGAACAAGGAUCCCCUUAACGACACUGUUGUCGAUCAGUUGAAGAAGGGUUCCAACAAGCUGAUCGUUGAGAUCUUCGCCGAUCACCCUGGACAGUCUGGUGGUGGUGAACAGGCUAAGGGUGGACGUGGUAAGAAGGGUGGUGGCUUCGCUACUGUCUCUUCCUCCUACAAGGAACAGCUCAACAACUUGAUGACCACUCUGCGCUCUACUCAACCUCACUUCGUGCGUUGCAUUAUCCCCAACGAAUUGAAGCAGCCUGGUGUCAUUGAUUCCCACUUGGUGAUGCAUCAGCUCACCUGUAACGGUGUGCUUGAAGGUAUCCGUAUCUGCCGUAAAGGUUUCCCCAACAGGAUGGUGUACCCUGACUUCAAGCUCCGAUACAAAAUCAUUAACCCCAAGGGCGUUGAUGAUGUGAAGGGUGAUCCGAAAAAGGCUGCAGCUGCCAUUUUGGACAACACUGGCUUUGAUCCCGAUCUCUAUCGAUUGGGCAAUACAAAGGUAUUCUUCCGUGCCGGUGUCUUGGGUCAGAUGGAAGAGUUGCGUGAUGAGCGUCUGAGUAAGAUUAUGUCAUGGCUCCAGUCCUGGAUUCGUGGUUACCUCGCACGUAAGGAAUACCAGAAGAUGCAGGAGCAACGCCUGGCCCUGCAAGUUGUACAGCGCAACUUGCGCAAAUACUUGCAGCUCCGUACCUGGCCAUGGUACAAGCUCUGGACUAAAGUUAAGCCUCUCCUCAAUGUUACACGCAUUGAAGAUGAGAUUGCGAAAUUGGAGGAGAAAGCCAAGAAAGCUGAAGAGGCAUUUGCAAAGGAAGAAAAAUUGCGCAAGGAAUUGGAGACUCUCAAUUCCAAAUUGCUGGCCGAGAAGACCGCCCUGUUGGACUCUCUGUCCGGUGAGAAGGGACAAUUGUCCGAAUUCCAGGAGAAAUGUGCCAAAUUGACUGCCCAGAAGAAUGAUUUGGACAACCAACUGCGCGACACCCAAGAGCGCCUGUCGCAAGAGGAGGAUGCCCGCAAUCAGCUCUUCCAAACCAAGAAGAAGUUGGAGCAGGAAGUUUCGGGACUGAAGAAGGACAUUGAAGAUUUGGAACUCAAUACGCAGAAGUCUGAGCAGGAUAAGGCCACCAAGGAUCACCAGAUUCGCAAUUUGAAUGAUGAGAUUGCCCACCAGGAUGAGCUCAUCAAUAAACUCAACAAGGAGAAGAAGAUGCAGGGUGAGACGAAUCAGAAGACUGCCGAAGAGCUCCAAGCUGCCGAAGAUAAGAUUAACCACCUGAACAAGGUUAAGGCUAAGCUUGAGCAGACCCUCGAUGAGCUCGAGGAUUCCCUUGAGCGCGAGAAGAAGGUUCGCGGUGAUGUGGAGAAGAGCAAGAGGAAGGUUGAGGGUGACCUCAAGCUUACCCAGGAAGCCGUUGCUGAUCUCGAGCGCAACAAGAAGGAACUCGAGCAGACCAUUCAGCGCAAGGACAAGGAAAUCUCCUCCCUCACUGCCAAGCUCGAAGACGAGCAGUCCAUUGUCAACAAGCUCCAGAAGCAGAUCAAGGAAUUGCAGUCGCGCAUCGAAGAGCUCGAGGAAGAGGUUGAGGCUGAGCGCCAGGCACGUUCCAAGGCUGAGAAGCAGCGUGCCGAUCUUGCCCGUGAACUCGAGGAACUCGGUGAGCGUCUUGAGGAAGCCGGUGGUGCCACAUCUGCCCAGAUUGAGCUCAACAAGAAGCGUGAAGCUGAAUUGGCUAAGCUCCGACGUGAUCUCGAGGAAGCUAACAUUCAGCAUGAGAGCACUCUGGCCAAUCUCCGCAAGAAGCACAAUGAUGCCGUUGCUGAGAUGGCUGAGCAGGUUGACCAACUGAACAAACUCAAGGCCAAGGCUGAAAAGGAGAAGGCUCAGUACUUCAGUGAAGUGAAUGAACUCAGACACAGUGUUGAUCAUUUGUCCAAUGAAAAGGCCUCCCAGGAAAAGAUCGCCAAGCAGUUGCAGCACACACUCAAUGACGUCCAGGGCAAACUUGAUGAGACCAACCGCACCCUCAAUGACUUCGAUGCCGCCAAGAAGAAGCUGUCCAUUGAAAACUCCGACCUCUUGCGCCAGCUGGAGGAGGCUGAAUCUCAGGUGUCGCAGUUGUCGAAGAUCAAGAUCUCCCUCACCACCCAGCUCGAGGAUACCAAGCGUCUCGCCGACGAGGAGAGCCGCGAACGUGCCACCCUUUUGGGCAAAUUCCGCAACUUGGAACACGAUUUGGACAACUUGCGCGAACAGGUGGAGGAGGAGGCCGAAGGCAAGGCUGAUCUCCAGCGUCAACUCAGCAAGGCAAAUGCUGAAUCGCAGCUGUGGCGCUCCAAGUACGAAUCCGACGGUGUGGCUCGCUCUGAGGAACUCGAGGAGGCCAAGAGGAAGCUCCAGGCUCGUCUUGCUGAGGCUGAGGAGACCAUUGAGUCCCUCAACCAGAAGGUUGUUGCCCUCGAGAAGACCAAGCAGCGCCUUGCCACUGAAGUGGAGGAUCUGCAACUCGAGGUUGACCGUGCCAAUGCCAUUGCCAGCGCUGCUGAGAAGAAACAGAAGGCCUUCGAUAAGAUUAUUGGCGAAUGGAAGCUCAAGGUUGAUGAUCUUGCUGCUGAGCUCGAUGCUUCACAGAAGGAAUGCCGCAACUACUCCACGGAACUCUUCCGCCUCAAGGGUGCAUAUGAGGAGGGACAGGAGCAGCUUGAGGCUGUGCGCCGUGAGAACAAGAAUCUCGCUGAUGAGGUUAAGGAUCUUCUUGACCAGAUUGGUGAGGGUGGACGCAACAUUCAUGAAAUUGAGAAGGCACGCAAGCGUCUUGAGGCCGAAAAGGAUGAGCUCCAGGCUGCCCUUGAGGAGGCUGAGGCUGCUCUUGAGCAGGAGGAGAACAAGGUGCUCAGGGCACAGCUUGAACUGUCUCAGGUGCGACAGGAAAUUGACAGGCGCAUCCAGGAGAAGGAAGAAGAAUUCGAGAAUACACGCAAGAAUCACCAGCGCGCUCUUGACUCCAUGCAGGCGUCCCUCGAAGCCGAAGCCAAGGGUAAGGCUGAGGCGCUGCGCAUGAAGAAGAAGCUCGAGGCUGACAUCAAUGAACUGGAAAUUGCUCUGGACCAUGCUAACAAGGCCAACGCUGAAGCCCAGAAGAACAUUAAGCGAUACCAACAACAGCUUAAGGAUGUCCAGACCGCCCUGGAGGAAGAGCAGCGCGCCCGUGAUGAUGCCCGCGAACAGCUUGGCAUCUCUGAGCGUCGUGCCAAUGCCCUGCAGAACGAACUCGAGGAAUCACGUACCCUUCUCGAACAGGCUGACCGUGGCCGCAGACAGGCUGAACAGGAAUUGGGUGAUGCCCAUGAACAGCUCAAUGAAUUGUCUGCCCAGAAUGCCUCCAUCUCAGCUGCCAAGAGGAAACUCGAAUCUGAGCUGCAGACCCUGCACUCUGAUCUCGAUGAGUUGCUGAAUGAAGCCAAGAACAGCGAGGAGAAGGCCAAGAAGGCAAUGGUUGAUGCCGCCAGGUUGGCUGAUGAGCUGCGUGCCGAACAGGAUCAUGCUCAGACACAGGAGAAACUCCGAAAGGCCCUUGAGACACAGAUCAAGGAAUUGCAGGUGCGUCUCGAUGAAGCUGAAGCCAAUGCCCUCAAGGGUGGCAAGAAGGCCAUUCAGAAGUUGGAGCAGCGCGUGCGUGAGCUUGAGAAUGAAUUGGAUGGUGAACAGAGGCGACAUGCUGAUGCCCAGAAGAAUCUCCGUAAAUCCGAGCGUCGCAUUAAGGAGCUAACGUUCCAAUCUGAGGAGGAUCGCAAGAAUCACGAACGCAUGCAGGAUCUGGUUGAUAAACUGCAACAGAAGAUCAAGACGUACAAGAGGCAGAUUGAGGAGGCCGAAGAGAUUGCUGCCCUCAACUUGGCCAAAUUCCGCAAGGCACAGCAAGAGCUUGAGGAGGCUGAAGAGCGUGCCGACCUCGCCGAGCAGGCCAUCAACAAAUUCCGUACGAAAGGUGGACGUGCCGGAUCCAUUGGUCGAGGAGGUAGCCCCGCGCCCCGAGCAUCAGCACGACCUUUCGACGGAAUGGCUUUCCCACCUAGAUUCGACCUUGCUCCAGAAAAUGACUUCUAAAACCAUCGGCGAUGCAACAAGAGAUACUGCGGAAUUUUAAAACAAAAAAAAUUCUAUUCUUAACUAUUUUUAUUUAUUAAAAUGAAAGUGAAAAAAAAAGAGAGAUGAAAUGUAAAACGAGGAGGAUGACAAAACAUCUUACCAUCACACAAAAAAAAUGCACAAAAAAAGAGACACAAAGUCAAUUUUUUCUUUUUAUUUUGAUUCUUUUGUAAAAUCUUAUGUUUUUAAACAUAUUUUAUUUCUAAGUUUUAUCAACAAAAAAAAACUCUCCGUAUGACAAAAAUGCAGUCAAAGAAAAUGUUGAAGAUAAAAAAAGAGAUAUUAAAAAAAAAAAAUUAUUGUAAAAAAAAUUGUAAUGCGAUUACCGAGACACGUAACAUUUAGUCGGUUUUUUGGGAGUCCGCCGUGUGGCUGCCCGGAAGUUCUUCUGCCCAACAUCAAAGGAAGAAACAAAAAAAAGAUGCCCAACGAGACCAAGAGAGACACGAAAAAUAAAAAAAAAAUCGACGAAAUCGGGCCACUGAAGGGCGACGAAAAACCGUCAAAUGGGGGUGUUGAAGAGAAGAACAACAAAAAACAUCAAUUGAAAAGAAUUAACAUUGUUUAAAAGUGUAUUUAAUUUAUAAUACAUUAUACAUUAUGAAUACA